AUGUUCACAUUGACUACAAAGACCAAAGAGACUCUGGACGCGAUCCUUGCGCAAGCAGUGGCUGAUGGCAAGGUUCCAGGCGCUUCGAUCGUGGUGGGAACACCAGACGAGGACAUCUACUUUGGUGCUGCUGGGCAUAAAGUAUUGAAUGAACCCUCGUCCGGAGAGAUUGACGAGGACACCGUUUUCUGGGUCUGCAGCCACACCAAACUUCUGACCACAAUUGCCGGCCUACAACUUAUUGAAUCAGGAAAGCUAGCCUACGAAACCCCGGUCGAAGAUAUAAUCCCAGAGCUGAAAGACCCCGUCGUGGUUGAUGACAUUUCGUCGGAAACAUCGGCAUUCAGACCUGCAGAGAACAAAAUUCUCAUCAAGCAUCUUCUCAAUCAUACGAGUGGUCUCUACUACUCUCAACUUGCGAAGGCUAGCGCAGAUGACCUUACCCUGGGAUAUACAUCCGCUCCAUACAAUGGCAAUUUCUCCGUCGAGCAAUUUUUUAAGAUCAUCAGAGAACGAUUCCCAUCCGUACCUUUGGCUUUUGAACCUGGCACUGGCUGGAACUAUGGCUGGGGUUGCGACAUACUUGGCUUCGUCAUUGAGAGGACUACGGGUAAAUCACUUCACGAAUAUUGUAAGGAACAUAUCUUCGAACCUUUAGGAAUGAAGUCCGGCUUUUACGUUACACCGGAGAUGCGAGAGAAACGCGUCCAUCUUACCUACCGAAAUAAAGAAGGAAAGUUGGAGCGAUGGGCAAAUCAACUGGGCACCAUAGAGCCGGACCCCACGAAAGCGCAUUUCCUUCAAGGAGGUAUCGGACUCUACACGACUUUGAAAGACUAUCUCGCAAUGCUUCGUCAUCUUCUUCUCGUCAAGGAGGGACGCGCACAAAAUCCUAUUCUAAGUGUGGAGACAGUUAACAGUCUCUUUGCACUGUCAAUCCCCCAGUAUUUGCAUAAAAGUGUUGAAUUAUUCUCUACUUGGAAAAAUGUAGGUUUUGGCAUCGGUCUCUGCCUUGCCACAGAGGAUUGGCCUGGUGGCAGAAGGAAAGGCUCUGGUUUCUGGUAUGGGUGGGCGGGAACGUACUAUUUCUUGGAUCCAGAAACGGGUAUUGCAGUGGUCUACGGGAGUCAGGUUCUCCCCACCCGCGAUCCUGAAGUCGUAAAGUUGUGGGAUCAGCUGGAAAAGGCUUUGUAUGCCAACGCAGAGGAAACCGAUGACUGA